UCCGACAUGAACGGGUUGUUACUAAUUCAGGUCUUCUCGCUCGUGAUAUUUUUAAAAAUUAUCAAUGCCAAAAAUAAAGAUCUCUCACCACCCGUUGGAAAGCUGAUGGAGAGUGGAGCUCUCUCCAAGGCGAUCUCCAGGACGCCCCACCCCUCCGUGAACCUGACACAACUGUUGCACAGAAGCCGUGGCAACCCCGACUCCAAUCGGCCGGCCACCGCAGCCUUGAUGGGAAGAGUGGCGGAUAUUUCCCAACCGGCCACGGCGCCGGGUGGAAGCUCCCACGGGCGGCUUCGGCUCACGGUUCCGCGAGUCGUGAUAGCAGCGAACGGGAACUCGGAGAGGCAGACAAGCCGGGUAAUGGUAGGCGGAUAUCCCGAGAAGCGAGAAGGGUGGUCACCCAGCGACUUCCAAGGUCUCCUAUCUUCAUUCUAUCACGAUAAAUCCAAACUGAACAGGUCGCCAGCCUACCACAGCCUCUUGUCCAAGAGUCAGCAGCCCAAUUCCUCAGUGUACCGGUUUCACAGCUACGGAGGUUCCCAACUCUACCGACAAUUCACGGACACGCACAGUGGAACGAGAGAGGGCGAAGCAUCUCCAAGUUCCGGCCAGGACGCCGAGGAGAACCGGCCUAGGAAGUCCACACGCCACCGAACCAGGGACACGUUAAUGAACAGCAUUAACUCCCCCUCGGAAAGCAGCCGCCGCGCUUCGAGUUUGCUCUACCAUUUUAACCUACUCCGAGAAGAUUACGAGAAGCCGAUGUGCUCUGUUGAAUGCAGGAAAGAAAAGAACGAGAGGGAGUUCUACUGUAGCAGUGACUUUGCAAUCAAUGGUAUAGUCCACGAUAUAGUAAUCCUUGAUAAAAGACUGCAAAUGGUGACAUUACUGGUGGAUAGUGAUGGAUUCUACCGCAUGGGUCGGCUCUACAUUACUCCAGACGGAUUCUUCUUCAAAGUGCACAUUCUCGUGGUCGAUACAUUCAACUGUAAAAGGCUUUGUCCAGACUUAAAGUUUGGUGGUAGAUACAUCAUGAUGGGUCUGAUAUAUCACAGAAGAUACCCGCUACCCACAUGGGUACAAGAAAGGGUUAUUGGGAGACUAAAACCUGGUGAUGGCCUGGUGAAGAGCAGCAGCUACGUGAGAAGAUUUAACAAAAAGAGGGACCAGAAAGUCCAGCUGCUAAAUGACAGGAUCUGUGAAACCCCUUUCCAAGGAUCACAGCAGAAAUGAAAUCGGAGGGCAUUUAUAACAUUUGUAAUAAUACUGCAGUUUUAUUUGUAUUUUUUAA